CGUUACCUUGCCGUCUCAGAAGGUCAGGUGAUCAUUCAUUUCAGUGUGGUGUCCGGCAGCCUGUCACUUUCACGUUAGCACGCAACGUUCCUGUUCGACGCUGUCACACUGAGCAACCUACACUCCCAAAGAUGGCUGAUACAAAUCAACAAAGACCUCCUCCCCAACUAGGGCCUGCGCAAUUUUUAAUGAGUAACAAGCUGGAAACUGCAAUGUGGCUUUCACGACUGUUCACCGUCUACUGCUCCGUAAUGUUUAUUCUACCAAUUUUGGGACCCUAUGCAGCAGCCAACUUCUAUCAGCGAGCCUUGUUAGCGAACGCCCUCACCAGUGCCCUUCGCUUGCAUCAAAGGCUUCCACGCUUUCAGCUGAGCAGAGCUUUCCUGGCCCAGGCUCUUCAGGAGGACAGCUGCCAUUACCUGCUCUACUCACUCAUCCUGGUCAACUCCUACCCCAUCACAAUGAGCAUCUUCCCAGUCUUCCUCUUCUCUUUGCUUCAUGCGACUACGUACACAAAGAAAGUCCUUGAUUCUGUGGGCCCCAGCAGCAUGAUGUUCAUCAGAAACCUCCUGGAGAAACUUACAUCCAAUCAGCAGAACAUCCUGAAGUUUAUCGCCUGCAAUGAAAUCUUCUUAAUGCCGGCCACUGUUUUUAUGCUCUUCAGUGGCCAGGGGAGCUUGCUGCUGCCUUUCAUUUACUACCGAUUCCUCACCCUGCGCUACACAUCCAGAAGAAACCCAUACUGCCGCACCUUGUUCACAGAGCUGCGGAUUCUUCUGGAGCACUUCAUCAUGAAGCCCGCCUGCCCCGCCUUCUUCAGGAAGAUGUGCCUCAGCAGUAUCGCCUUCAUCAGCCGCCUCGCCCCCACAGGUGUCUGAUCACACUACAUGAAAGAUUUGUUUUCUUUAUGGUUUGUUUUUUCCACCAUUUAGGAUGUGACUUAAACUUUGAUGGGGACAGACAUUGCCAUCAACCGAAGGAACUGUUUUUUGAAUGUCAACUUUACAGCCUGUGCUCCAGCUUCUCCGUAUGUUUGAGUACAGGUGAAGAGCAGCCAGUAACGCACUGAAGUCUCAUGGUGAUAUUUGUUUUCCCAUCUUCUUAAUGUGAAGCGGUGGACACCCCUCACUUUGUCCCGUUCACUGAACGCAGCACAGUAGACAUCAACUGUGAUCUGUAUGUAUCGGCUGUUAUUAUUUUUUCCUCAUAUGUCCUUAUUUAUUCAUGAAAAUCUCUUAUUCUGUGAUGAAACAUUAACAUUUUGAGAUUAGUAACUUAAAUUAAAAUAUGCUUAUACAUGAUUAAUAAUAUUCUUUUUUUAAUGAUAAUGUUGUGCUUGGGUGGAUGGAGGAUGGGGUUUGUUCGCAGUUUAAGGUAAGGUAAGGUAAACUUUAUUGUCCCCUAAGGGAAAUUCAUCUUUGCACAGUGCUACAUUUCAUUGCUUCACAGGACAAGAUAAAAAUAUCAUUACAGGGACACAUCAUCACAAUGACAGUUCUAUCACAUAAAACAGACUUGGACUACAUUUAACAAUCACAACACAGAAACAUACAGAGACGUCUAAAGUUAUACGUGGUCCAAUUUAUUUUUUAUGUUCGACGCAUCUGAUGCUCUGAUUUGUCUAAAUGCCUAACUUUAAAUGUAUCUAUCAAUGCCAUCGACCUUUCUUCGUGCUUGAUGCAUGCUCUGAUUUUUUUUUCCUGCCAUGUUUAAUGUGUUUAUUUACCUCCAGACAAACCACAUUUUUAUGACAAGAAUAAAAUGAUCUCUUAAUGAAACCAAUAAAAUAUUAAAGAACAGGAAUGUGGUUUGUGGAUAUAAUUUGUUCAAUUACUGUAGUUGAUGUUAACACAUUGUAAAGUAAUGAAACACAUUUGGCCAUCCAUAGAUAUGAAUUACAUUAAUUUCUAUGCUGACAAACAGUUAGUG